UUAGAGGUUGAGUACAAUUUAUGAAUGAAACAUCUAUUCUCUAGCCCGCACAUGUCAAAAAUUAGCGCAAAUCAUUUUAAAAGAAAAGUAACCAUGGAGUCCACCUCAUGUACUUCAGUUUUAAUCUAUGAUGGAGAAGGCAGUGAUAUAGAAAGCAGAAAACUGUUGCACAGAUCUUUGACUGCAGCUGUUGACAAACAAGUUCAUGCAAUCAACUACAUAUCAGCCAUUGAAAUUAAAAAAGGUUCUUGGGUGAAAGAUUGUCAGUUGAUGGUGUUUGGUGGAGGUUAUGAUCUAGGUUUUGAGGCUGCUGUUGGUAAAAAUGGAGCCAAAAUAAUUCAGGAGUUUGUAAAAAAUGGCGGCUCGUAUUUAGGAUUGUGUGCUGGGGCCUACUGGGCUUGUGAUUACAUUGAAUUUGAUAAGGGUGGACCUUUGGAAGUUGUGGGAGAAAGAUAUCUGAAGUUUUUUCCUGGUGUUUGUGUCGGCCCUGCUUUUCCAGGGUUUCGGUACAACUCCAAAAGAGGUGCUCAGGCAGUUCCAGUUUUGUAUAAUCAGACCUGCACAGUUGAUGCUUAUAUGCAUGGAGGUGGCUACUUUAUUCCUUACACAGACUCUAACAGUACUGUUACACCUACUCUAUAUAGGAAGUCUCACACUUCAACUGAUAAAGUAAACUUGACAGCUCAAUCGACAGCUCACGUCGGCAACGAAAAUGUUUCUAUUUCAAACUCUGCAGAUGGUGGAAUGCCACUGGGACUGAAUACGUGGCAAAUUAUAAAUCCAAGUUAUGAGAAAAUUGGUGUCUAUAGUUCUUUAGACAGCAAGCCAGCUGCAAUUGUGAAAUGUUCUGUAGGCAAAGGCAAAGCUGUUUUAUCUGGUGUACACAUAGAAUUUCCAGUGGAACUGUUAAAUGAUGAGGACCCUUUCCUUCAGAAAUGGAUUCCAACUUUUGCAAACAGUGAGAAAAGGAGACAGUUAGUGUUUAUGGAUAUACUUCAACAUUUAGGGGUUAGAGUGCGCCCAACAAAGGCAGUAUUGUAGAACAUUAGGUUAUUAUUUCAUUCCAGAUGUUGAGAUUGUAGGGGAGAGUGCAACAAGAUAAUUUAAAAAUACCAAGGUCUUUCUAUAAAUUUAAAGUUUUUUUUUUGUGCUCUCACAAUGGGUGUACGUUGAUAUUAUUAGUUUAUUAUAUUUAAUUACUAACUUCUGUGAUAAGAAAGAAGUGAAAGUAAUCAACAGAAUUGAUGAAUCUCAGGUUAUAGAUACGUCAUACUCUUUGCCAAGCCAGAGAAACUGUUAGAAUAUUGUGCUCAACCUUCUUAUUGGAUUUAUUUGUUUAAAAUAAUGUUUAAAACUAUUUAAAUUUUAAAGUCUGUCCACAAAUGAUUUCACAUGGGGGUUGGAAUUUUGUAAUAGAGGAAUGGGCUAUAGAAAUUGUGCAUUUAAAACCUAUAUUUUACAGUAAUACACUUAGAAAUCUUUUUUUUUUAAAUAUUUAAUAAAAAUGAAUCAAAAGAUGUACCUAUCUUAAUAAAACAGCAAAGUUAUUUUUAAAAGAAAUUCAAUUUUACUACAACAAAAAUUACAGGGUGAGGGUUUGUUAAUUAAAGUGUAAUGUCAUUUUAUAACCCAUGACAGUUAAUUAUAAAUAGGUAUAGUGUUGUAUUAACCAAUUUAAAUUUCACCUUUUGGGUGCAGUAUUGGCUUAUUUUUUUAUUAAUGUGAUUUAUAUCUAUGACUUGAUUCUUAAAAUUACUAAUAAAACUCAUUUCCUAGCAUAAUAAUGUACUUGUAAGUUGCAAUGUAUGGUGUAAAACUAAUUUGAAAAAACCACCAACACAUCAAAACUAUGUUUAGAUAGGCUCAUACACUAACAAAGCUCUUUAACUUGUUUUUGCUCAACUUUGAAGUUGUUUGGCUAGUUAUGUGAAUUAUUGGUUCAUUACACUAAACUACAGGCAGCAUUGCGAUGAAUACAACAGGGAAUCACAGGUUGAUAAUAUUUAGAACUUCUAAUAUUCUAAAAAAUUUUAUGUUGACCCCUUUACCGUGGAAAAAAAAAAAUUUUUUUUUGGAAACUGUAUUUUUUUUUUCAUUAUUUGAUUUGUUAUGUUGUCCUGACAAAAUAAAACAUCAUUUUGAGUGAAAAUGAGUUGACAUUUAGAAUCUGUGAGGUAAAUAUAAAGAAGGUAAUUCAAAAGCACAGAACCAACAUCACGUGAUGACCUAUUUUUAUCAUACGCUGUUGAAUUGGCUGUUAGAUUAGCCUCCCUCUACAUUGUUAUUGAUUUCCAAUGCUAUUUUCGUAUCAAAACGAGUUAACUCGCGACGCACGGCACACAGACGACUUUUUUAUAUGAAGACGAGUUAACUCGUGAUGUACGGUUAAGCCCAAGAUUUUAUAUAACGAGUUAACUCGUGACACAAGGUACAGGGGUUAAAUGUUCUCAGUUAUAUAAUAAUGUUAACUUUUCAUAUAUAAACUAAUACUGGAAUUUCCAAACAUUUGUCUGAUACCUAACAAUUCAAAUUAACAACUUUGAAGAAUGUUAAAGUAACUAAGUUAAAUAUAUUUUUCUGUAAACCUUUAAAAUAUUUUAGGUAUAGAAAUA